AUGUCGGAUACUUACGAUGUAACAAAAUACGACGAUGUGUUGACGUCUAUUCUAGUCAACGAAAAAUCUAUAUUAGGCUUCUUAUCUGCAAUAUUCGGCUUUUUAGCCAGAAGAACCGACUUCUACUAUGUACCUCAGGGUGCGUACGAAAAUAUGGGCUUCCCGCCGGGAGUUGCGGAGGAACUGGUGAUCAAGGUCCUUAGAACAUGUGACCCCAAAACAUGGAAGGGAACAAAUGGUGCUCAGAAACAGUUAGACCUUACCAAUGAGAUUAUGUGUUCAACGGUGGCCCAAGAAGUGGAGGUAGUCGCUGAGAAUGAGGAAGCAAGUGAAGAUGAAGCCGGAACACAAACCGAUCAAAAGUCUGAAGUAACUCCUGACCAUCCGUAGAAUCUUCUAGAAAAUCUGAAGAGAUUCUUGUCAAGUCUGGUGAUAUUGUUAAAAAACCUCCUGAGUCUCCAGAUCCUGUAUCAAGUACUUCUAAAGCUAUCCCGGAAGGCUACAAGCCUCCCGAGAUACCAGUUCAGAAAGACAGUGAUACUUACAAUGGUGCUGAGCGAGAGAAUUACUUGUGGUCACAGAAUAUUAUGGAAUUAGAUGUCAUUGUGAAGUUGCCCCCUGAUGUAAAAUCAUCCAAGGAUCUGAAAGUAACUAUCAACACAGGAGAUAUCAGUGUGGCUGCUAUAAAUGGUGACAUUAUCAUAAAGGACACCCUGCCUUAUAAAAUAAAGGCCAUGGACAGCUUCUGGAGCAUGACUGGUGGAAAUCUGUUGAUGCAUUUAGAGAAAGUCCAAGAGAGAUGGUGGAACAGGCUGCUCAAUAGUGAAACACCAAUAGACCUGGAUAAGAUAGACUGUUCCAGACCUCUGGAUGAUUUGCCUGAAGAUCAUGUUGCUAAGGUUCGUGAACUACAAUGGAAUCAAGAAAGAAAAAUGAAAGGUCUGCCGACUAGUGACGAAAUUCGCAAUAUGGAUGUUUUGAAGAAAGCAUGGAAUGCGCCCGGAUCUCCCUUUAUGGGUCAAGAGUUCGAUCCCAGUGUGCUUAGCAAUUCUUCUCAUACAAUAGGAUCAUUUGGUCACUAA